GCGAAAAUGUAAACAAGACGUGCGCGCGUCAGGACAGGUACGAAAAUCCACCAGGAAACAGAGAAAACGCAGAAAAAUGAAGAUUAUAAUGAAUUAAAUAAACGUUUAACAGUUAACACCAAAGAUUUGAGACAUGAGACUGUUAUCGCGGGCGGCCGGAGUCGCUGCUGCAGCUCCCAGGAGUCUGAGCUGCAGACACUUCUGGGGUUGGCUCAACGCUGUUUUCAACAAAGUGGACCAUGAGAGGAUAAAGUCGGUGGGUCCGGAUCGAGCGGCGGCUGAGUGGUUGUUGAGGUGCGGAGCCAGAGUUCGGUUCCAGGGUUUCGACCGGUUCCAUCAGGACUACAACGCUCUGCCUCCGGGUCCGCUGGGCCGGUACCGGGUCCAGGCCAUCGACGCCACCGAGUCCUGCAUCAUGCACCGCGGUUUCGAGCACUUAGAGGGGCUGAGGAGCCUGGAGGAGAUCCGUCUGAGGAAGUGCAUGUACAUCGAGGACAGCUGCCUGGAGACCCUCAGCUCCAUGGAGAACCUGCAGAACAGCGUGUACCUGAUGGAGGUGGUGUCCUGCGGGAACGUCACGGACACAGGGAUCAUCGCUCUGCACAAACUCAAGAACCUGGAGUACCUGUUCCUGAGCGACCUCCCUGGAGUCAAAGACAAAGAGAAAACUGUGGAGCGUUUGAAAAGUGCUCUGCCCAAACUCGACUUGGACCUGGACUUGGACUAAACCUGGAUUUCAAGCACCUUAAGUUUUUGGACAAUGGGAAACGUCACAGAAGAUCCAAUAAAUGCACUAAAAUCAGUACGUUUAAAAUGAACAAAAUUCUCUCGUGUGUCGCUUUAAACAUUUGUGUUUUGUGUUUGUGCCGCAAUAAAAACCUUAAACUGAAA